AUGGCACCUAAAAAAUCGUUCAAUGUACAUGUAACUUCAGUAGAGUUUGAAUUCGACUUUAGCAUAGACCCAAAUACCACCGGUAAACAAUUAUUGGAUCAAGUUGCUAAAAAUGUUGGCAUUCGUGAAAUAUGGUAUUUCGGUCUGCGAUUUACGGAUUCAAAAAAUGUUACUUGUUGGCUUAGACCUGAUAAAAAAAUUCUUAGUCAAGAUGUACAAAAAGAACAAAAAAAUGAAUUAGAAGUAGUACAAUUUGUCUUUCUUGUUCGAUUUUUUCCCGAAGAUGUAUCAGAACUUAUUGAAGAAAUAACUCAAAGAUUUUUUUAUCGUCAAGUAAAAAAUUCAAUUCUUACUGAUGAAAUUUAUUGUCCACCUGAAACAUGUGUUCUACUUGCUUCUUAUGCUGUGCAAGUUAAAUAUGAAGAUUAUGAUGAAAAUAAACAUAAGCCGGGAAUGUUAACCAAGGAACGGCUUUUACCUGGACGUGUUCAGGAUCAAUUUCGUUUAUCAAAUGAAGAAUGGGAAAAACGUGUUAUGAAUUGGUGGAGAGAACAUAAAGGAUUUACGAGUGAAGAUGCAAUGCUUGAAUAUCUUAAAAUUGUUCAAGAUCUUGAUAUGUAUGGUGUAACUUAUUUUGAGAUUCAAAAUAGAAAUGGUACAAAUCUUUAUCUUGGCAUCGAUGCACUUGGUAUUAAUAUUUAUGAUACAGACGACAAAUUAACACCUAAAAUUGGUUUUGCAUGGGGUGAAAUACGAAAUAUAACAUUUAAUGGAAAAAAAUUUUUCAUAAAACCAAUCGAUAGAAGUUCUCCAGAUUUUGUUUUUAUUGUACCAAGACUUCGUAUUAAUCGACAAAUGAUAUCUCUAAGUAUGGGUAAUCAUGAAUUGUAUAUGAGUCGUCGAACACCAGAAACAAUGGAAUUACGACAAAUUAAAGCUCAAGCAGAAGCAAAAAAAUUAGCGCUUGGUGAACAACGAGAACGAACUAAAACUGAAGUUGAACGUCGUAAACAAGUAGAACAAGAACGUGAAGUAUUACAGAGAAAAAUUGAAGAACUUGAAAGAAAAAAACCACCACGUUUAUUUACACAGUCUACUGAGACUGAAUCAUUUGAAGAUCAAAAUACAAUGAAAAAUGAAAUGGAAAAUAAACGUCGACAAGUUGAAGAAGCUGAAUUACGUUUACAACGAGAACGAGAAGAAGAUGAAAGAAAACAACAACGAAUGAUGGAACGAAUUCAAUAUGAACAACAAGAAAAAGAGAAAAUUGUUCAAGAAAUUGAAAAAACUCGUUUAUUAGCUGAAGAAAACGCACAAGAAGCUCAACGAAAAGAGAAUGAAGCACGUCAAAUUGAAGAAGAUUUACGAGAAACACAAAUGAGAGUUCUUCAAGCUCAACAACAAGAUAAUAAUCAUUAUACAAAACAAAAAGAACGCUAUCAACAGCCUGCCGAUGAUGUCGAAACUGAUGAAGAAGACAAUAGCAUAGGUCGUAAUGGACAAGAUGUAGAACUUUAUACAGAUGAAAAUAUACCACAUUAUGUAGAAAAGCGUACAACUGUAAUGUCGAGAGAUCAUAGUAGAAAACAAAAACUUGAAGAAGAACGAAGAAAUCUUCAACAACAACAACAAAAAGCCGAUACACGUGAAGAUAAGAUUUAUCGGGAGAAUACUAUUGACAGAGGUAUUGAUAAAUAUAAAACAUUGAAAAAAAUACGUGAAGGAACUGUUAAACGACGUAUCGAUGAAUUUGAAGCUAUGUGA